AUGGACGCGCGGAAGUACCUGGGCCGCUUCGGCCUGCACGGGGACUUGGCCUUGCAGCCCGUCAAGUUCCUGAGCGGGGGGCAGAAGAGCCGGCUGGCCUUCGCGGAGCUCGCGUGGUCGUCGCCGCACAUCAUGCUGCUGGACGAGCCAACGAACCACUUGGACCUGGAGACCAUCGAGGGCUUGGCCAUGGCUCUCAACAAGUUCGAGGGCGGGGUGGUGCUCGUGAGCCACGAUGACCGUCUGGUGUCGAUGGUGGCGGACGAGCUCUGGGUAGUGACUCCUGGACCUUCCAAGGAGAUCCCCGGAAGGGUCACGGUCUUCGAAGGCUCCUUCGAGGAGUACCGAGAAAUGCUGCGAAGUGAGUUCAUUGACAAGAACCUCACCAGCGGCGGCCGGAUCAAGCGCAAGACCUGA